CAUUUGGAGGGAGCGGAAGUAAAGUCGCGCGCCCAGUCCCCUCCAUUUUCCCGCCUUCCCCAAACCCUAGUCUCCGAGGCGAUUUUCGAUCCAUCCCACCGGAGAAGAAGACGACGGAGAGGAUGCGCGGCGGCACGGUGCAGAUCAACUGGCACGACCUGCAGCCGGUGCUCACCCUCGACUUCCACCCCGUAUCCCGCCGCCUCGCCACCGGCGGCGGAGACCACGACAUCAAGAUCUGGGCGAUAGCGUCGGAUGAGUCGGAGGAGAAGCUCCCCACCGCUUCCUACGUCAGCAGCCUCUCGUCUCACAGCUCCGCCGUCAAUGUUCUCCGCUUCUCUCCUUCUGGUGAAAAUCUGGCGUCCGGUGCUGAUGGUGGUGGUAUUAUCCUUUGGACAUUGCACUCCACUGAUGAUGGCGAGGCUUGGAAAAUACACAAAUCCUUAUUGUUCCAUCGCAAGGAUGUUCUUGACCUGCAGUGGUCGAGUGAUGGGUCAUACCUUGUUUCUGCUUCAGUUGACAACAGUUGCAUAAUAUGGGAUGCUAAUAAAGGUGUGGUGCAACAGAUGUUGGAAGGCCAUUUGCAUUAUGUUCAGGGGGUGGCAUGGGAUCCUCUGGGUCAAUAUAUUGCCUCUUUGAGCUCUGACAGAACUUGUAAAAUUUAUGCAAACAAGCCUCAAGGCAAAUCCAAGAAUACAGAGAAGAUGAACUUUGUUUGCCAGCAUACACUAGUGAAGGCAGAACUUCAAAAUCAUGACGAGUCUAAGCCACCAGUUAAAACUCAUUUGUUUCAUGAUGAGACAUUACCAUCUUUCUUCCGGAGGCUGGCAUGGUCACCGGAUGGGUCUUUUCUGGUACUGCCAGCAGGCCUGUGCAAAUACUCAUCUGAAGUGAUCAACACUGCCUAUAUUUUGUCAAGGAGAGACUUGUCAAGGCCUGCAAUACAACUCCCUGGUGCAAGUAAAGCUAUAGUAGCAGUUCGUUUUUGCCCUAUUGUUUUCACCCUACGUGGUUCUCAAUCAGAAGGUUUAUUCAAGCUUCCUUACCGAGCUGUUUUUGCCGUUGCCACUUUCAACUCUCUGUAUGUCUAUGACACCGAAAGUGCCGCUCCAAUUCUAAUACACGCUGGUCUACAUUAUGCCGCCAUUACGGAUAUUGCAUGGUCUCCUGAUGCGAAGUACUUGUCAUUGUCAUCACGAGAUGGUUACUGCACUAUUAUUGAGUUUGAGAAUGAGGAACUAGGGCAGCCACAUGCCCUCUCAGGAAAAAAGGAAGUUACAGAGGGAAAUGUCACAUGCAGAAAUACCAAGCCACCAACAGUAGAUAGCAUGGAAGUUGAUGUCAGUACCCGCAAAAUUAAGAAGUCAGGCAGCCCCGUGGGUACAGUGACACCUCCACCAGUGUUGGCCGAAAAUAGCACAUUGAGAAUGAAGGAAGGAAAUGUGGCCUGUGAACAUGCAAAGCCAAAGGCAGACAGCAUGGACGUUGGUGUUGGUGCCAGCAAAGCUAAGACGGAAGCCAGUCCUAUGUCUGUAGAGGUGACACCGCCACCAGUGUCAGCCCAGAAGAGUGCAUCGAGUAAGCCUACUAAGAAGCGAAUUACUCCUAUUGCAAUUAACUAAGUAGCAGAAGUAGUUAGAAUCAUGAUAUCCUUUGUAUUGACAACAAGUACUGGAAACUACAAAUUAGGUUACUCUGUAAAGAAAUGUAGCCUGCUGCUGUUUUCACCUUCUGCUGUAGUCCCAGAAAUCCACUCUGCUCAUGGCACGUAUGGAUCAAUUUUAUGGGCAGAAAGAUCAUGUCUAUUUGCGAGCACAUUUUGUUAAGAAGUAAUUUUCGCUAAGUGUC